AAGGAAAGGAAGAAGGGUGAUGGAUGGCGCGAUUGGGUGGCUGGCGCGAAACAUUCAGGGCGCCCUCGCCACCGCGGAGCUGCAGGCGUGGAUUCGCCGGGCGGGCCUCGCGCAUGCCAUCCAGAUGCUGGAGACGGAGGUGGAGGUGGCCGACAUGGGGUACGCCGCCGUGCGGGAGAGGCUGCCCGGGGACAGGCCGCUGCUGGCCCGCUCCCUCGCCCGCCUCCACGACCUGCUCUACCAAGCCGACGACCUCGUCGACGAGCUUGACUACUACCGCCUCCUCCACACCGCUGCUCGUUCAUCAUCAGUGGUCGGGUGCAAUGACGCGUCCAUACAAUCUACGGCUACGCUCGCCGACCUGUUCAUCUACUCCCCUUCCACAGAUUCGUCAGAUAAUGCUGUGGGCGAGCAGCAAGACAGAUUUGGGGAGGAAUACAGGGGAGAUAUGAAUAUGAUGGAUAGCCAGGUUGCCAGCAAGAGGCAGUCGUUUUCCAUGUGGGAACAUCAUGAGCUCCUGGAUCAAGAUGGACAUGAUUGUCGGGUCAAAUGUUAUUGCUGCGGCUCGGAGCUGAUGGUUAGGCAUGGACUGGGCACAUCACAUUUGAAGACUGCAUGCUGCGAGAGUAGAAAUGAAGCAACUGAAUUCUCCAAUGACACACAUACCGCUCGGAGAGAGCAGGAAGACAUGUUUGGGGCAGUGUUUGGCAAUAAGAAAUCAAGGGGAGAUAUAGAUGCACAGAGUAGGCAGGGUGGCAAGACACGGUCUCCGGUAUGGGACCACUUUGUCAUCUCUGAAGCUGAUGAAAACAGCAGGCCUGUGAAAGCCAAGUGUGUUCACUGUGGCUCACAGCUCAACUGUGGACCCAAACAUGGGACAUCGGGUUUGAAACGCCAUAUUGAUAGUGCAGCUUGUACCAAGAAAAAACAAGCAGCCGACAAGCCGCUAAACACUUCAAGCAGCGCUGAUGGUAUAGAAAAUAUUGAAACUGUUGUGAUUCCUGGUUCACACAGCAGAAAAAGGAGUAGAAUGGAUGCGGAGUCAACAUGCGGGACCAAACCUAAAACACACCUUUGGGACAAGGCUGAAUCCUUGCAUAGGAUACAAGAAAUAACUCGCCUGUUACAAGACAUAUCAGGGGUUCUGAGUAAGGUUCUCAAGUUAUAUGGACCAGAUUUUGCUGCAAGCUCAAAUCACUAUCCAAGUACAAUAUCAGAUCAACACGUACGAACAUCAAGUGUUGUCGCAAGGAAAGUCUAUGGAAGAGUUACAGAGAAGGAUUACAUCAUAAAGUUCAUGACAGAAGACAGACCCGAUGGUUCAUAUGUUCUUCCUAUUGUAGGCAGUGCAGGGGUUGGGAAGACUGCUCUUGCUCAGCUUGUAUACAAUGACCCAAUCGUGGCAGAGCACUUUGACCAAAGGAUAUGGGUUUCGGUGUCUAACAACUUCGAUGAACUAAGGCUCUCCAGAGAGAUCUUAGAUUUUGUCUCUCAGAAGCAAACACAUGAAGGAUUAUGCAGCUUUGCCAAGCUUCAGGAGGUCUUGAAGAUGCAUAUCACAUCAAAGAGGGUUCUGCUUAUUUUUGAUGAUGUUUGGGAUGAAUCUAACUUCCGCAGAUGGAGCCAACUAUUGGCUCCUUUGCAGUGUGGCACAAAGGGUACUGUGAUUCUUUUGACAACUCAAAAAAUUUCUGUUGCACAAACUGUUGGUACAGUUAAACCAAUUAAGUUACGUAGUUUAGCAUAUGACGAUUUUUGGUUAUUAUUUAAAUCAUGUGCAUUUGGUGAUGAGAAGUAUGAAAGGGAUCAAAAUCUUAGCAUCAUUGGAUUGCAAAUAGUAGAGAAGUUAAAGGGAAACCCAUUGGCAGCAGCAACAGUAGGGGAGCUAUUACGAAGGAGCCUUACUAUUGAUCAUUGGAAUAACAUUCUGAAGAACGAAGAUUGGAAAUCUCUGCAACUCAGUGGAGGUAUAAUGUCUGCUCUGAAGCUUAGCUACGACCAGCUCCCAUACAAUUUACGACAAUGCUUCUCAUUUUGUGCUUUAUUCCCCGAGAAAUAUCAGUUCCUUGAUGAGGAGCUGGUCCAAAUGUGGAUUUCGCAUGGAUUUGUGCAUUGUGAUGAUUCAAGUAAGAGACUUGAGGAGAAAGGAUUGGACUAUCUGGCUGAUCUUGUGAACUUGGGCUUCUUUCAGCAAGUUGAAAGAGAAGAGACCGAUCCAGAAAAUCAAACUGGCUACAUUAUGCAUGAUCUUAUGCGUGAUCUUGCUAGGGUAGUCUCAAGAGCUGAGUUUGCAACUAUAGAUGGCACGCAGUACUGUGAGAUGCUGCCAACUAUGCGCCAUGUAUCAAUAGUAAGUGAUUCUGGAUAUAACACAGCUCAGCAUGGAGACAAACCUUGCAAUAAGAACUUUGAGAAGAAAAUGCUCGCCAGAUGUACAUCGCUGAGAAAAUUGAGAACAUUGGUAUUCAUUGGGCAGUAUGACAUGUUCUUCUUCAAAUCCUUUCAAGAUAUAUUCCAAGAGGCACAUAAUUUGCGCCUGCUGCAAAUUUCUGCAGCAUCUGCUGAUUUAAAUCCUUUACUGUGCAGUUUGGUGAAUUUGAAACAUCUUCGCUACUUAAACAUCGAAGCUGCUAAUGGGCUUGGGGUUUUGCCUCAAAUUUUGAUCAAGUUUUGCCAUCUUGAAGUAUUACAUGUUAGCUCAUACACCAAUCCUACAAUACCAGUCAGGAUUGACCAUAUUGUUAGGUUGCGGCAUCUUGUUACAGAAGAGAGGGCAUACUCUUCCAUUGCUAACAUUGGUAACCUGGCAUCUCUUCAGGAGCUACCCGGUUUUGUGGUUCAAAAUUCAAGCGGCUUUGAGAUAACACAACUCCAGUCCAUGAAAGAGCUUGUACGACUUGGAGUGUCUCAACUUGAAAAUGUUAAAACUCGGGAGGAGGCUUAUGGGGCAGGACUAAGAGAGAAACAACACUUGAAAGAGUUGCACUUGUCCUGGGAAGUUCCCUCGUCAGAUGUUGAAUAUGGUAGGGACAUGAGCUCCUCUGUUACAGAUUGGUUGUCGGUGGAGGUUAUUGAGGGCCUUGAACCACACAAUAACCUGAAGCAUCUGCGGAUAUCUGGGUACAAUGGGCAUCUCUCUCCAAUUUGGCUGGCCUCAGUUACCUCUUUGCAGACCCUUCAUAUAGAGGGUUGUGGAAAGUUGGAAAUACUUCCAUCUUUUGAACAGCUUCCAUUCCUUAGAAAGUUGAAGUUGAUGGAACUACCACGUAUAACAGAAAUAUCAAUUCCUUCAUUGGAGGAACUGGUAUUAAUUGAAACACCGAAGUUGGAGCGGUUUUCCUGCAUUUCCACUAGGGACUUGAGCUCCAAUUUAAGGGUUCUGAAGAUUAAGAGGUGUCCUGCAGUGAAGGUCUUUCCUCUAUUUGAGAGCUCACUCAAAUUUAAAAUCGAGCACAAGUCAUGGUUGCCCAGUCUUAGGGAACUCAUUAUCCAUGGAUGUCCUAAUUUACUUGUGCCACAUCCCAUUCCUCCAUCACCUACCAUCUCCAAACUAUCCGUCGUUGACGUUCCAACACUCCCAAGGAUAGAGGGAUCUUCUGGCGAGACAUUAACAGUUGGAUCCAGAAGUGAGGGUUAUGAUAAUUUUGAUCCUUCUUCUGAUAUCAUGACUAUACUGGAUUGCAAAAUUUUGGCAUUCCACAACCUGAGGGGCCUCAGGUACUUGCGUAUAGAUGGUUGCCAAAAUCUGGUGUCUAUUUCAUUCACAGGAUUAGGGGAACUUAUUUCUUUAAGGAGUUUGGAAAUAUGUAGCUGUCGAAAACUUUUCUCGUCAAAUGUUAUACCAGAGCAUACCCAUGCAGAUGUGACAGCUGCAAGUUGCAAGCCCCUCCCAUCUCUUGUCACUCUCAGAAUUAAGUGUUGUGGAAUAGCAGGAAAGUGGCUAUCUUCGAUGCUGGGAUAUGUGCCGGCCCUGGUGGAAUUAUUUUUAGAGGAUUGCCCUGGGGUAACACAGUUAGAGAUAGAAGAGGAAGAACACAUUCAAGAUUAUGGUACCUCAGUUCCAGUGGAUUCAUCAUCAGGAGGUCCAGGUGACACAUUGCUGACAAGCGCAGCUCAAGAUGAACUCUUGUGCCUUCCGCUAAAUCUCAUGUCCUCUCUCAAGAAGAUAUCGAUUCGGGAAUGCCCCCAUCUAGUAUUUCGCAGGAAUAACAAAGACUUGUCUAGAUUUACCUGCCUUGAGAAGCUAACAAUUUGGGGAUGCCCCGGGCUGCUCUCAUCUUUGGUGGAUAAAGAUGGAAAUGAUGAUCAGAGGAACGGAAGAUGGCUCCUGCCGAAAUCACUUGAAGAACUCGAGAUCCGUGGUGAUUCACCAGAAAUGCUGCAGCCAUGUUUUCCAGGGAAUGUAACCAACCUCAAAAAACUAGAAGUGUGGUUCAGCCCAAGUCUGAGAUCUCUACAGCUGCAUACCUGCACAGCACUGGAAGAGUUGAUAAUUGGAAACUGUGGAUCACUUGCUGCACCAGAGAGCUUGCAGUUCCUUGGCAGCCUUAAAUAUUUGAAAGUAUUCAGAUCCCCUGGCGUUCUUCCAUGUUUGGAGAAUUUGUCAAAGCAGGGCUAUGCUUUAUUCCCUGGACUGAAAAAGCUUGUGACCGAUGGCCCCUCUGUCUUUACCAUGUCAGUCUGCAAGCAACUCAACUCCCUCCAACACCUAGAACUUGAAAACUGGGAAUUUGUAACGAGACUAACAGAGGAGCAAGAGAGAGGGCUUCAGCUUCUGACAUCAUUGGAAGAGCUGGAAUUCCGGGGUUGCAGUUCUGAUCUCAAAUAUCUUCCUGUGGGGUUGCACGGCCUUCCUUCGCUCAAGAAGUUGAAGAUCAAUGGUUGUUUAGGAAUCUCAAGGCUGCCAGAACAGGGCCUCCCAUUCUCGCUGCAAGAACUGGAUAUCAGCAAUUGCAGCAAGGUGUUUAAUGAUCACUGCAAGUCUCUAGCAGCAACAGGGAAGCUAAAGGUCAAAAUUGUUGGAAAUACACAAACUUCUUAAUGCUUGGCAUGUUAAGCACACUUCUUACAAGCGUAACAGUUAUCAAACCAGUGCUUUCCAAGGUAUUCUAGCAUUAAUCAUGUUAGUAUCUUCAGAGUUGACACACUCAUCUAUGUGAUGCUAAUGUAAGCAGCUCCUCUGCAGGGGAUAUGAUAUGGUUGCUGCAGGGAUGCACCGUCAUCAGGAUGAUGACAUCCCUGCCUUUUCUGGAUCACACGUUUUAUGCUUG